UAACCAUGCGCAUACGCACGUGGAUCAACUUCAUAACGCUAACGGAUCCUUUCCGAGCUGGUCGAACGCUAGCAAACGCAAGUAGAAGUAAGUUUUAAGGUUAUGGUGCAAAAUGGCAAAAGCUAAGAAGAACUUAUCCGAGUUUGCACAGCAAAAACGUGCACAAAAGGAUAAAAAGAGGUUGAAUCCAUUCGAAGUACAUAUUAACAGAGACAAACAAAAUGUACUUGGACAAAAGAACAAGAACGACCGUGGACUUCCAGGCAUUUCAAGGACAAAAGCUAUCAAUAAACGUAAACAGAGUCUUCUUCAGGAGUAUAAGAUAAAAAAUAAAGACAAUAUCUUCCUAGAUAAACGUAUAGGUGAGAAAAAUUCUGCCAUGAGCACUGAAGACAAAGCAAUGGCUAGAUUCUCCGUAGAACUUAUGAAAGUGCAUAAGAAGAAAAAUAUUUAUAAUUUAAAUGAUGAUGGGGUAUUGACCCAUAGAGGUCAGACCCUUGAGGAGAUUGAGAAAUUUGACGACCCUAGGAGCGAUGACGAAUUUAGCGAUGAUGAAACUAGCGGCAAGUUGAAUAAGGAUUUUGUUGACGGAGCACACUUUGGAGGAGGGUUAUUAUCGAAAUCAGACUCUGUUUUAUCUAGGAAAGAUCUGAUCGACCAGCUUAUUGCGGAAUCAAAGAAACGUAAGGCCGAGAAGCAGAAGAUACGGGAACAAACGAUAGAUCUGACGGAGAAGCUCGACUCCGAGUGGAGAGAUCUUAUACCUCUCAUGUCUUCUUGCAAGAAGUCCAAAGAGGACACAGGUGAAACGACAAAAGCUGACGCUUACGAUAUAGCUGUGCGAGAAUUGCAAUUUGAGCCCAGAGGUAAUCCAUCAGAGAAGUUGAAGUCAGAGGAGCAAUUAAUUCAAGAAGAAAAAGAGAGAUUAGAGACACUUGAGGCAGAUAGAUUAGCAAGAAUGAAGGGGUUUGUGUCUGCGAACGAACAUAAGCAUAGAUCUGCCGAUGAUCUCGACGACGGCUUUUUGCUAGAAAGUAUUGUCGAAGAUACUGACAACAAUAAUGGUGACAAUUCAGUAGCCAGUGAUAGCAACAACGACAGUAAUGGAGAAGACAGUAAUACUGAUAAUGAUGAGAUUGAUGAUGAUGAAGUUAUAUUAGAGAGCAUUGUCGAAAAGAAAGCAGGAGAAAGUACAAAAGACAGCAGGUGUGGUAAAAGGAAUCAAGACAGAACCUGCUUAAAGUCAUUUAAUGCUGAAGAUAAACCUGAUAUAGAAUGGAACAGUAAAAAUGCAGCUGACGAAAAUACGGACAAUGAAGAUUGUGAAAAUAAUUUCUCAGAUUUGGAAAAGUCUAAAUCGUCUAGUGAAGACGAAGGUGAAGCUGUUGAUAAACAUGUUAUGUUUUCAAGUGAUCUUACAAAAGAUAUUAAACAAACAAAGCAGUCAAAUAUGGUUUGUCCGAAAUCAAUAUUGAAACAGAAUAAAGUAGCUACAGAUACACAGCAGGAGAUUGGAAAUGACUUUAAACGAAAACAAAGUAUGGAGAAGGCGCGAGAAGAACUUCCUUACACAUACAAUAUUCCAGAGAACUUUGAGGAGUUGGAAAGGUUGUUAAAAAAUCACAAUUCCGAAUACCAAUCCACUAUUGUAGAUCGUAUCAUAAAGUGUAAUCAUUGGACAUUAGAUGGCAAAAACAAAGAAAAAUUGUCAAAUCUGUUUGUAUAUUUAUUACAACAUAUUCAUGAUUAUGCUUCCACGGAUGAUGAUGCUGAUGAUGUAGUUAGAUGUUUUCAAAUCUUUGAUCGAUUGUGCCCUUAUCUUUACGAUCUAGCACAUAUGAACCCGGAAAAUACCACAAUUUGCAUACAAGAAAUAAUUAAAGAGAAACAUGAAGAAUUUCAACGAAAAAAACGGAAAUAUCCUGACCUGGAUACGCUUAUAUUUUUUAAACUGGUUUCCUUACUGUUUCCAACGUCUGACUUCAGACAUCCUGUUGUUACUCCUUGUUUGGUAUUUAUGUCCCAAAUAUUGCUCAAAAGUCGUGUUAAAAAUCGGACCGAUAUCUCAAGAGGUCUCUUUAUAUGUACACUCAUCUUGGAGUAUACAGUAUUAAGCAAGAGAUUGGCACCAUCUGUAAUAAAUUUUCUACGAGGGAUCAUAUAUGCAGCCACACCCGCAGCGUCGACACAAAAAAUAAAAGUUAUAUCGCCUUUUGAAAAAACGUGCAAUUGCCUAAUAGUUAAUAAAAAUCUGACUAAUAUUGAGAUCGACCCAAAUGGUGCACAUAUGAUGGCAAGUGAUUUAAUAUGCGAAGAACUGGAUGAUGAAUUCAGAAUAAGAGCACUAAUUACCGCUGUGAAUCUAAUCAGAGAAUUCAAAGAUCAACUGCAAGAAUUAGAAGCAGCGUACUCGAUAUUUGAGCCCAUUUUUAUUUUAUUGGAAAUAAAUAAAUUCAAGAAAUAUCCACAAAAUAUAAGGAAGCACAUAAAGAAACUCUGUAAGGAAAUACAAAGUUUGCAAAAUAAGAAAUUGAGGUAUAUGGUGAUCGAAAGAAAGCCAAAACUUCUCAGACUAUAUGAGCCAAAGAUAAUGCCAGUAUACGAUGGUAAACAACAUAAACCCAUGUCUAAGGAGAAGGCAGAAAGGGAGAAGCUGUUGCACAAAUAUAAGAAGGAAAUGAAGGGUGCCAUGCGCGAACUCAGGAGGGAUAAUGCGUUCUUAGCUAAAGUGAAGAUUUCGCAACAAAUUAAGGGCGACGCAGAACGCAAGCGCAAAGUGAAUGAGAUCUCCUCUGAACUAGCGAUGCAACAGUGCGAACUGAAAAGGAUGAAGAGGAAAUCCUGAGCAAACAAAGAAAUAUACAACUAUUGCUCAAAUGUGUAAACAUCAUUCUUUUCUUUAAAGAAUUCUCCAGAUAUAACAGGACAUACACCAAUUUCUUAUUUUUCAAAGCUUCAAUUUUUUCACGAAGUUCUUUCGUGUACUCUUUUACGUUUUAAUAGAUGUUCAUUGAAUUUAUUUAUACUUUCAAUAAUUUAAAAGUGGUAUGAGCCAAAAUACAGUUCUAUGUAAAUAUCGAAUACGCUGUGCUUCUCUAAUUCUUGGUUUUUGAAUUCUGUGAUGAAAACAAUGAAUAAAGCUUUAUUCGGAAUUAAUUGUCCAAUUCUUUAUGUAUUACAUAUCACUUGUCCUAGUAUUUAGAUUAAAAAAAAUCGUUACAGAUACCAUCGUAUCUGCAAAAAGAUUACACAAAAUAAUAUCACGUAUUAUUGACUGUGAUUACAAUAACUUAAUAAAUAAUCACUUAUAUGAUAUUUCUGCUCUGUAAAGUAUACAGAUUACAAAUUUGUACUCUUUUAGUUAUAAAUUUAAAUGGUUUUUAUACAUACACUGGCAUUAUUUUUGGCUCAUACAGUCUGAGAAGUUUUGGCUUUUUUUCGACCACCAU